CUGGCAACCCGGACCGUGCGGUCUCGCGUUCGAUGGCAGAGACAUCGGCGCGCCCGAGCUAAACUAAAGAUGUUCGUCGAGUUUGGUUCUAUUAUCUAUUUAAAAUUUGUCUAGGCACUCGACGGCGCGUCGUAACGCCAAACGAUCCUGUGAGUGAGCAAAGCCCACAGCGUUCAGAGGUUGCGAUUCUCGCACCGGUUCUGCUAGCCGGCUGUGGGAAUGGAUUUUGAAAGUCCUGACGUCGAGAAAGACUUCCCAGGGCUUUACGCGUCCGAGGCGGUUGGGAAAGGACAGGAGCGAGAUGUCACCUAUAGCGAUGAUGAAAAGGUCUCGAAGAAGGAACUCCUGAUUGGCAAGCUCAAGGAUAAAAAGGACAAGAAGGACAAGGGAUAUGUUGCAUUUGAAGGAGAAAGCUCAGAAGGAGAAAUGGAUGAGUCACGAGGCAAAAGCAAAAAGAGUAAGGCUCCAUUCAAGUUUCCCGGAAAGGAAAAAAAGGAGAAAUCUCAAAAAAACAAAGAAAGCAUCAAGUCGAAAGACUCCAAGGACGCCAAGAAAGAUGCCGAGAAAGACAACAAGGAUUCAAAAAAGAAGAAGGAGUGCAAGGUGAAGCUUGUCAAGAAAAAAAAGAAGGCUGAAAAGGCUGGUAUGUAUGCUUUGGAGAAAGCGCAAAGCUUAUCAAAUUGCAAAGCACUUGAUGAGCUUUUGACUUCUGUGAUACCAUGUCCACGCAUAUAUCAGGAAGCUAUAAAUGUCCUCUGAAACUGUUCUCAAUCU